CAGAUUAACGCCCUCCAUCUGCGCAAACAUCCCCCAUGACCGACAACAUUGAGCGUAGGGCAGGGAUUCUCAAAGAUGAGUCUUACUACAUGGAAUACUUGGUUAUCCUCGCAGGCAAGACGCUUUUCAAGGUACCACGGUGGGGCCUGGAGGCGAACGAUAUCUUCAGCAUGAUGUACACGUUGCCAAAUGGCACCGCAGGGGCUGAGGGUUCAAGCGACGAAAACCCCAUACAGCUGUCCGGGGAGAUUAGCGCGGAAGAAUUUCGAUCAUUCCUGAAAGUACUGUAUCCCAUGACAGGUUCGAGCAAAGCAGGCGUCGACUGGCAGGCUGUGCUCAAGCUUUCCACUCUAUGGGACUUUGGCAAGGUUCGACAAAGGGCGAUUGCUGAACUGGAAAAGAAAUCUCGGGAGCCGCUGGAAUCUAUUCUCCUGGCCAGAAAGCAUCAGGUGUUCAAAUGGCUGAUCGAGGGGUACGUAGAACUCGCGAGGCGACCCGAGCCCCUCACAUUCGAAGAGGGAGAGCAGUUGGGCUGGCCUGUGUUUGCCCGCCUAGUUGACCUCCGCGAACGGAGCUGGCAAUCUGCCGGUGGAAAGACCUGUGUGGCAGAGAAGGUCAGGUUGGAGUUUGAUUUCGCUUCAGAAGUCCAAAAGUUGUUCGGGAAUGAGAUAACGGAGAACGGUGCGUGACUUUCAAAGAGGCACUGUACAUGUACUCGGAGGGCACAAAUAUAGGGAGAGAUUAUCAGCUGGCAAAGGCUGCGCAGAU